AUGUAUAAACUAGGGAAAACGUUUCACAUCUGCAUCCACCGAGCUGGCACAGGUGUCGGGGCUGGCACAGCGGUCGGGGCUGGCACAGGGGUCGGGGCUGGCACAGGAGUCGGGGCUGGCACAGGGGUCGGGGCUGGCACAGGGGUCGAGGCUGGCACAGGUGUCGAGGCUGGCACAGGUGUCGGGGCUGGCACAGGUGUCGGGGCUGGCACAGAGGUCGGGGCUGGCACAGGGGUCGGGGCUGGCACAGGGGUCGGGGCUGGCACAGGGGUCGGGGCUGGCACAGGUGUUCGGGCUGGCACAGGGGUCGGGGCUGGCACAGGGGUCGGGGCUGGCACAGGAGUCGGGGCUGGCACAGGUGUCGGGGCUGGCACAGGGGUCGGGGCUGGCACAGGGGUCGGGGCUGGCACAGGGGUCGGGGCUGCUGGGACGCAUUUUUCAUAA